GACAUGAGAAAUGAAACUUCCCUAAUCUCUGUAAGUUUACUACAUAAGUCUGUGGAUGAUUUGUUUAUUAAUGCUGCUGGAUUGUCCCUGUCAGAUGUGACGUUACGUACUUUGUUGAGAGUCUUGUCUUUGUUUCCCAACUCUCUGCAGUCCACAAACAUAAUCAAGCAAAAGAUCAAAAUCACAGUAUGACCCACUUCCAGCACAGCACAGAACCUCCACAGAGCCCCUUUUAGGUCCUUUGUUCUGUUUUGUCAGAUACAGUAGAAACCUAAUGUCCAGCUUUAAUUUAAGUAUAUUAAAGUUGAUUAAAAGGAAACUACUAAUAUUUUCCCUCUGUUUCGGUUUAGUUUCCACAUUAAGCAUGUUUACACAAGCAUGAAGCUUAAAAUAGACUUACUGUGAUUAAUUGAUCGAGCCACUCCUCGGUACAAGUGGAAAGCCCUCGUUUGACGUCAGGCCAUCACCUGUUACUCCUCAUGACUUCUGAAUGCCCCACCUGUGUGAUAAAACGUUAUUACUGAAGGAGGUGAAUUCCCAAACGUGCCCUGGAUCAGCAGCAGCGGUGCACGCUGGGAUCAAAACAUUACACUUUGUCACAGAAGUUGCAUCAUCGUUUGGAGAAUGGAAACUGAAAGUUAAGGGAAACGAAUGUUAAGUGAGGGGGCGGUGAUCAGCUGAAGCAGCCUGUCUGUAUAUAAACAGAGCUGAUCUGAGAUCUCCAGCACUGCUGCUGCUAUCGUGGAGCAUCAUCUGUGUGCUUGUCAGCAUCUCCAGACUGUUUUCUCAAGUGAUCAAAAAACAAGACAACUCUCAUCAUGGAUAUCACCAUCACUAUGCUGGGUGGGGCGUCCCACCGCCUGACGGUGAACCCUCAGGACACCGUGAGCUCCCUGAAGAGACUCAUCCAGAGUAAACUGGGAGUCCCCGUUCAGGAGCAGAAGCUGGUGUUUGUGAACGGUGAGAAGAAAACUCUCAGCGACGACUCGAAGCCCGUCAGCUGGUACGGUCUACAGUCCGGCUCCCAGGUGUCUCUGCUGGUCACCAAGCCGCCACCUUUCCAGGUGUUCCUCACCAACCUACAGGGGCAGAAGAGCACCUAUGAUAUCAAACCUCAUGAGACCGUGAGGAACUUCAAGGAAAGGGUGCAGCGCAGAGAGGGGGUCCCAGCAGACCAGCAGAGGCUCAUCUACCAGAACAGAGAGCUGACAGAUGGGAAAACACUCUCUGACUAUAACGUUGAAGCCCUCGGCACCAUCAACAUGACGUCCCGUCUGAGAGGAGGCUGAGGACUCUGCUGGUUUAAACAUCACCGACAGUUGAUUUACUGUAGACCUGGUUGAAUGAAAAACAAAUAGCACCACAUUCUUUUUAUUUUUUUAUUUUUUAUUAUGUAGUUUUAUUUUGAAAAAAUUCCACAUUGUUAGUGUGUCAUGUCUUAAAAACUUGAUUUGACUUAAUUGUUAUUUAUAAAGCGCAGCAUGUUGUAAUGUCUCCGGACAAAUACAUGUUUUAUUUAUGUCACUGUUACAAAAUAAAGUCCCAGAUGUGAAUGUGAA